CUGUGGGCGUGGCUUAUUUUUGAUUGAACAAAAAUGGCGGAAAAGGCCGAGGAAGAUGAGGAAUUGUAUUGCAUUUGUCGCCAGCCGUACCACCCAGAGGACUUUAUGAUAGAGUGCGACAAGUGCUCAGACUGGUUUCAUGGCUGCUGUGUUGGUGUGGAGGAGUAUCAGUCUAAUGACAUUGAAACCUACCAUUGUCCUAAUUGUCAGCUAAUUCACGGACCACUGAUAUUGAAGAGGAGACGAAAUUGGCACCGUCAUGAUUAUUCUGAACUGAAUGAUGGUCAUAAUGCUAUACAAUCUGGUACUGUUGUUUUUGUCAAUAAACUUAAAAAGAUGAAGUUUCCAAACUCUGAUGAGGUAGUUCUUCGUCCCAAAGGAUCUGAUUUGACGCUUGACUGGUUCUCAGUGAAUGGUUUUAAGAAACCAAUGAUCAUUGAGGAACCAGCUGGAUUAGAUCUCAAAGUCCCACCAUCAGAUUUCACCAUAAUGGACGUUGAGAGAUAUGUUGGAUCUUUAAGAGAGCUUGAUGCUAUUGAUGUAUCAAGACAGGACGAUAUUAAGAUGAAGAUGAGAGAAUGGGUCGAAUACCAUUCAACGUUGCCACGUACUAAAGUCAUUAACGUGAUCAGUCUAGAGUUUUCUGACACACCAUUGACUGAACUUGUUGAACCUCCUGCUGUUGUACGGGAAAUGGACUGGAUUAACAUUCACUGGCCCAACAAAGUCCCUGAGGAUGGGCCACAAAGACCUCAAGUCCAGAAGUAUUGUUUGAUGGGUACUCAGGAUAGCUAUACUGACUUUCAUGUUGACUUUGGAGGGACUUCAGUCUGGUACCACAUUAUUUGGGGUGAGAAGGUCUUCUAUUUGAUUCCUCCAACUGAAGAGAACCUCCUACUUUACGAGCAGUGGGUUCUCUCUUCAAAUCAAAGUGAGAUAUUCUUUGGAUCGCAAGUCAAGAGAUGCUACUGUGUUCACGUCCAUCCUGGAAACACUCUCUUCAUACCAUCAGGAUGGAUACAUGCUGUUCUUACUCCUAAAGACUCUCUUGUGUUUGGUGGGAAUUUCCUUCACGUGUUUGGCAUUGAACUGCAGACAAGAGUCUAUGAUAUGGAGAUUAGACUGGGCACUCCUGAAAAGUUCUUGCAUCCAAGCUAUGAGAGCUUGUGUUGGUAUGCAGCCAAAAACUAUCAUCAGGAGUUACUGGAGCACAUACAGGGUAGCAGCUGUCCUCCAUCUUAUCUAUUGACUGGUUUAAGUUCAUUAGCUCAUACUCUUCAUGAAUGGACCAACAAGAAAGAAUCUGCACAGUAUCACAAUUGGUCCAUUCCACAAGGUAUUAGACCAGGUACUUUGAUCAAUCAGCUGAAGAAAGCUAUUAAACUUUUAAAGACUAACCAUAAGCAUUACUCAAGUCAAGAGACACAGUUUGAGGAAGAAGAGGAGCAACAUGGAGAGACAGUUGAGCCUAUUAAGCUUCGUUUGAGUCAUGGGCAGAUUUCAAGUUAUGUUGACAAGAAGCAAGAGAAGGAGCCUAUCACUUUAAAGCUGACACUACCACAGACCAAGAGGAAGAGAAGAAAGGCGAGUGAGAGCAGCUCUGAAGAAUUCAUAGAAAAGGAAGACAAAGAAUAUGAAGAUGGAGAGUUUGUCUAUACAGAAUUAGUUGGUAAAGGCGAUGCUGGUGCUAUUAUUAAUGACAGAGAAGACAGGCUCUGGAAGCCAAGCAGUAAACUUGUACAGAAAGGCUCUCACACUAAGAAGAUAAAGAGAGAAGAGGAUUAUGAGCCAAUUAAGAAACAAGCAAAAGAGACACCUUCGGUUUCCAAAGUGAAGACAAAAACCGUCAAACAAAGACUUGGAAAGAUACUGGGUCUUGACAGAACUGGUCACUUUUUAAAGAAAUAGCCAACAGUCACCAUUACUUACUACAGAGACACACUCUUCAGUUGAAGCAUGCACAUAUACUCCAGUAUUAUAUUUUGUAUAUCUCAUCUUGGUAAUGCUAACAAUGUUAAUGCACUCACCCACAGUUUUAUUUUAUUAUAAUAAUGAUUUUAAAUUAG